UCUCGCAAUGUCUUGGACAGGUGAUCCACGAUUACGUUUCUCAGCGUAUCUCUGUUUACAUACAAGCAAGGUUUCUUAUUACCUCCAGAAUUUAUGUUUAGCUAAGCAAUCCAAGAUCUCGUCUAUAAAUACAGGCACACUGGUAUUGAGUCUCCAUCACACCUCCCUUGUUGUUCCUUCCUUUCCCUUCCAUGCGCUAAUUCCUGAUAACCAUGGCAAACUCCUAUAUGUGUUGUCUGUGUGCUGAUGAGCUGCGGGACCCUGUUACCAUCCCUUGUGGAGAUGAAUUUUGCCUGGAAUGUAUCAAGAUCUACUGGGACCAGUUGGAUCACCUGGGUGUCUACAGUUGCCCAGAGUGCCGGGCAACCUUCACUCCUCGUCCUGUCCUUCGCCGCAACGUGCCCACUGUUAGUUCUCGUGAACGUCACUCUCCCUCAACAGCGAUAACACCCUUUUUAGACCUCAAGAGGGACAUGUUGUGUGACUUCUGCACAGGCCCAAAGAACCGGGCGGUCAAGUCUUGCCUGGUGUGUCUGGCGUACUACUGCGAGAUACAUGUCAAGCCUCACUAUGAGUCAGCCACAUUCAAGCGGCACAAGCUGGUUGAUGAGUUAGGGCAGCUAGAUCGUAAGAUCUGCCCACAGCACGAGAAGAGCCUGGAGCUGUUCUGCAGAUCAGAUCAGAUGUGUAUCUGCGUUCUCUGCACAGUGAAGGAGCACCGUGGUCAUGACACAGUGAGUGCCGAGGACGAACGCGCCGACAAGCAGAAAGUGCUGGUGGUGACCCAGUCUGAAGUCCAGCAUGUUAUCCAGGAGCGCAUGAAAGAACUGCAGGAUCUCAGACACCACGUCGAUGUCCUAAAGGGUAGUGCUCACCGCGCCCAAGAGGCCAGCGACAAGAUCUUCAGCGAGAUGCUGCAAUCUGUAGAACGCUGGCAUGCAGAGAUUUGCCAGCUCAUUCAAGCUAACCUGCAGGUUGCCAUGGCACAGGCUGAUAGCUAUUUGGUGCGGCUGGAGCAGGAGAUCAUGGAGUUACAGCGGCGUGAUGCAGAGUUACGGCACGUACUUGACACAGAGGACAGCAUCUAUUUUUUACAGACUUUUCCUUUGAUGUGCAUUGCCCCAGAGCCAAUGGUGCCCAAAGUCCUGAUCAACCAAGAGUUCUCUUUUAAUGAUGUAACCAAAACUGUGACGGACAUGAAAGAAUACCUGGAUGACAUCUGCAAAAAAGAGCUGGACAACUUAUCUAAAAAAGUAAGUGACAUGCCGGUGUACAUGUUAAACCCCAGAGUUGAGGCUCGAUUUAAAAAUAGCGUUUCCUUUACACCAUUAAAAGCUGACCUUCAGGAGCCCAAAAGUCGAGCGGACUUCCUCAGAUAUACAGUGAGACUUACCUUUGACCCCAAUACGGCCUAUAAGGAGUUGCUUCUAUCCAAUGGGAACCGCAGGGUCGUUCGAAAACGCGGAGGACAUUUUUACCCUGAUCAUCCAGAACGCUUUGACGGCUUUUGCCAGGUCUUGUGUGCUGAGGCUUUGAGUGGCUUCCGGCAUUACUGGGAAGUGGAUUGGAGUGGCGAGUUCUCCAUUGGCGUCACCUACAAAAGCAUCAGCCGCAAAGGCAAGAACUCACAUUGCCUCCUCGGUUACAACAACCAAUCCUGGAGCCUUCUGUGUUCCGACUCUGGAUACUCGGCCUGGCACAACAAGAUGGAUAAAGAUGUUUCACGUGCGCCCAUGGCCUCAAGGAUUGGUGUCUAUCUCGAUUACGCUGGUAAUUCAGUGUCUUUCUAUGCCGUGUCAGAAACUAUGGAGCUCAUCUACCGGUUCCAGGCCAUGUUCUCCGAGCCACUAUAUGCCGGGUUUGGAGUCGGCGCCUCUGUAACGUUAUGCUCACCGGAAAAGAUCACGGAGCUGUACGCCUGAGGGCACCAUCAAGCUGAAACAUAAUUAUUCCUGUUGUCAGCAGGGGCCAACACUAGAUCAAGUCAAUGUUCUUGGAAAAUCAAUGACUUCAUAACAGUCGAGUUCUACUCUAAAGCUUCUUAAAAAAGAAAACCUUAACAUGUAAUUUUUUUGUACAUUAACUUUUUGAAUUAGCAUGCUUACUAGGCAAAAGAGUAAUGUCUGCUGUCAUGGUUUAUAAGCUGGGUUGAAAAAAGUACAAGUUAGUAGUUAGGUGAAAAGAUGAGAGUUAGGUGCUCUAGUGAGAGUAUUGACAAUGUGUCAAAAUCUUACUUUAAAAACUUACUUUCUACCUUUGAAAAACACACAUUUGCUAGCUGUAUGCUUGGAUUACCAUGCUUUUGUAAUUAAACUGAAGUAAGAUACGCUGGAAAUAUUCAUCUAACAUUCAUUAUAUAGAAUCUGAUUGGCUGCCUAUGCUAGGUUAAUAUGGAAUUAGCAAAGAAAGCAAGGUAAUUUUAUAUAGUCUUUGUUUACUCAUAUUAUUCAUAUAUUUGUGUUGUUUUUUAGCAUUUUUAAACUUUGACCAAAUUUUUACAAUUUGUAUUAUUUUACAUAUAUUUUUAUAUUAAGCAAAAGCUUUUAGGAACCUUAUUACAAGUCAAAAGUUUGGACACACCUUCCCUCUUAAAGGGGAGUGGAAAUUGCUUAUAACUGUUGAAAAAGGAAAAACAAUGAAUUAAACUUGAUUUUUGCUUUGUGA